AUGGCUCUGCUCGUCCUCCUGCUCUUCUUCCACCUGAUUCUGGACAUUAACUCUCAAUAUGAUCCUCAGCCCCGGCUGUUCGUGUCUCCUGAAGUUCUCACAGUGAGCGGAUCAGCGCGUCUUCACUGUGAUGUUCCACACAGUGUUAAAGUGUCUCAGUGUUAUUUCUACCCAGAGAGAGACGACACAAAUAAAUCAGGGAUUCGUACUCCUUCUCCUCACUCUCUCCCAGCUCCAGUCACAGUGCGGUAUCAGAAACCGGUACUAAGUGUCACUCAUGAUGAUCAGUUUGAUGAAUUCAGACUUGUGUGUGAAAUACCAGAGUCAGAGUCAGUAAGAGCUGAUUUUAGCUGUAAUCUCUACACUGGAGAAAAUCCUCAGCCUUAUCGAACCCAAACAUCUCAAAAGAGACAAUCUGGGAAUCUGGUUUGUAUUUUUACAGCAGAGAGAAAUGAUCUGUUCAGACGUCUGCAGUCAGUAAAGAGUGAUGAAGUGAGCUGUGAUUAUUCACUGAUCUCUGACCCGACUGCUCGCUCUCUAAUGAGUGACAAAUACAACAUGAUACAUUUCUUUCCUGAAGCAACACAGUCAUCCACAACGAACAGACCUACUACUGGUUUCCAUCCAACACACUCAGCCACAACUGAAGAAUCAAAAGCGGGUCCAGUAAAAUUCAGUCAAGAGGAGGAGUACUUUUGUACCCGCCCUGUCUGAUAAUAAGG